GGUAAUGUGGCAGUGUGGAGCGAAGGAGGGGAGAAGUGGUGCUUCAUGUAGAUGCACACACACACACACAUACAUAUAUGCAUGUACUGUAUACAUCCAUAACACAGUUUCCCAGUGAAAGAGGACAUAUUCACAGCUGACACGUUCAUCUGGGAGUAAACAGGAUCAUGGAUCUAUAACGAUGUCGGAAUUUAUCUACAGAGAAGAUUUUUCCCUUUAAGAUAUUUAUUUAAUUUAUUUUUCUAUAUAUUUUUUUCUACUUGAUAUUUUGUACCUACGUUUCGGCGCUGGUGCCGGUGUUCAGGGACAGUGAGAAUGGAUCAGGCGAAUAUCUUGAGGAAGUUCAUUCAGGGGGUUCACGCCAUGCGAUCAGGAGAACAGAGAGGAGAAGAUAACUUCGGCUCCGACUUCAUGAGAUUACGCAGAUUAUCGACGAAAUACAAGACGGAAAAAAUCUAUCCCACUAAUGUUGGAGAGAGAGAAGAAAAUGUGAAAAAGAACAGAUAUAAAGACAUCCUGCCAUUUGACCACAGUCGAGUGAAAGUGGCAUUAAAAACAUCCAAUCUGGACACGGAUUACAUCAACGCAAACUUCAUCAAGGGAGUGGACGGGCCCGAGGCCUACAUCGCCACACAGGGACCGCUGCCCAACACUGUCCUGGACUUCUGGAGGAUGAUCUGGGAAUACCAUGUUGCAGUCAUCGUUAUGGCGUGCCGGGAGUUUGAAAUGGGCAGGAAAAAAUGCGAGCGGUACUAUCCCCAGUUUGGAGACGAGCCCAUGUCCUUUGGCCCUUUCAGGAUCUCUUGUGAAUCUGAAAAAACUCGACCUGACUAUUUCAUUCGUGGCCUAACCGUCGUGUUUGACAAUGAGUCUCGUAGAUUAACCCAAUUCCAUUACAUCAACUGGCCAGACCAUGAUGUUCCCUCAUCGUUUGACUCGAUACUGGACAUGAUUGCACUGAUGAGGCAGUACCAGGGGCACGAUGAUGUUCCCAUCUGUGUACAUUGCAGUGCUGGAUGUGGGAGAACAGGUGCCAUUUGUGCCAUUGACUAUACAUGGAACCUGCUAAAAACUGGGAGAAUUCCUGAGGAUUUUAAUGUCUUUCAGUUAAUUCAGGAGAUGAGGACGCAGAGGCACUCAGCAGUUCAGACAAAGGAGCAGUACGAGUUAGUCCAUAGAGCCAUCGCCCAACUCUUUGAGAAGCAGCUGUUGCUUUUGGAGAGUCCUACGAAUUCAGAGCUAACAGAUGGCAUGGACGAAGGCAGUCCAGAAAAACCCAGCCAGAAUUCAGAUGAGGACCAAUGGGACACGCCACCACCCAAACCACCACGCGUUCGGAGUUCUCAGGUUGAGGGCGAGGUUCAAGAGGAAAUCCUGCAGGCCCCUCAGCCCCGGCCAGUGCCCCCCAUUCUCACGCCGUCACCGCCUUCGGCGUUCCCCACGGUGAGCGAUGUGCGCCAGGAGAACGAUCGCUACCACCCCAAACCUGUGAUGCACCUACUGGCUUCGGAACACGAACCUGACCUCAAUGAGAACUACAGUGGAGGCCCUCAGGGCGUGUCCACCAUGCCUGCCUCUGUGCCUGCUCCUUCCCCUCCAGAGUCUAACAAACGCGCCCCUCUGAGUGUGGAGAUCAAGAAAGUGCCCUUGCAGGAGGGGCCACGGAGUUUUGAGAGCAGCAGCGCGUUGCAACGAACGCAUGCUUUUAAAGUGCGCACCAAUAACAGCUCUCUGUCACAGGAUUCGGAGAACCCGCCUCGCCCUGACCACUUGCCUCUGCGAGCCAACAAAGGGCAGGUGGUGUGGACACGCUCUGCAAACCCCACGCCUGUCUCCAGCCUUCCAUCUGGCCCCACUCCUGAAGGUGUGAGUGCUCCCAGGACCGCUCUGAGCUUCACCAACCCGCUGCACUCCGACCACUCGGAUCCAGAGCCUGAGGACGGAGAGGAUUCCCUGCCCAUUUCCCAUCAUGCCGAUUCAAAGUCUAACGUGUCGACGGCGACCGGAAAAGUUUCAACAGCACCUCGUGAUGAUAACAUCCCCAGGAAGGUUAACUCAAUGUCCAUAGUUGGUGUUUGCUCAAAGGCAGACGCAGAGACAGUGACGAGAGUGAAGACUUGCCUCCCCCUCUUCCUGAAAGAACCCUUGAGUCCUUCUUUUUGGCCACAGGUGCGUCCCAGCCAUCUGCUUCCCUGUCCGGCCACACAAGGGCAUCAGAAGCAGCCAUGGAUCCAUUUUAACUCAUGUUUGUGUUCAUGUCAGGGCUUAAAGGGCAGGAAGUGGGAUCCAGCGGAUGUGAAGGUGGAGCUGAAUGAAUGUACAGGAGCUUUAGGAGAUGCCUCUCUCCAGAGAGAAGCAAACACACAAACAAAACCCCAGUCAGAAAGAGGGCAGGAGAACGGAAAGCACGCCAACACAGGAGCCAUCAACAAAGCAGACGUGAGACCAGAGUCUGAGAUGGUUUCACAGAUAGCAGGAUUCGGGAACCGCUGCACACAUCCCAAAGGCCCAAGAAACCCUCCAUCUGAGUGGACAUGAUCAAAGCCCUUGACACUUGACCCUACUUGCACCGUCUCACACACACAGCUUUAAUAUCACUGCUCUCCUGGUCCUCGAAGUGUUAUUGGAGAAAGAGGAUCAAAGCCUGUCUCUCCAAAUAAGCACCGUGAUUAGUGUCCAGAACAAUCAGACUGUGGUUAAGAUAAUCUUCCAUGCUGUGGUCGCACGCUCUCCUGGUGCUGUAGGGGUGCUGACCACCAUGGGCUCGCUGCAAUGGUGCUACGCUUUCUCCUCACUGGGAAUGCAAUCUUGGCUUUUUCCCUCUAGCAAAAAAACAAAGCCGGAUUGGACAAAAGCCCAAAAAGCAGUAUGCAUCGCUGACCCGGGAAAUCAGUCAUCUCUCUUUCUUUAGGUUUUGACUUCUAUGACAAUUCAGUAAGAGAGAUAUAUAUAUAUAAAACCACACCUGUAGGGACCGAGAACUACUGUCUGUCUGUCUGUUCAUUUAUAUUUAGCUUUUUUUUUCCUGUUAACUCCUUGAUAGCCCAAUAUGCUGUUUUAUAGAUGUACAAAAUGUGCUAUUGCUGAAUAUUCUUAUUAACAGAAGAUGUAAGAAGUCUGUGCAUGAUGCCCCAUGUACUGUGACCUGUAAAUUAUUUGCUCCUGUUAUCACAAGCCCCUCCCCUAUUCAUUUUCGGUGUUUAGUGUUCGUUUUUCCAAAAGUUAGCUGUUUUAUUGGCUAUUUCCUGAGAUAUCACAGGCUCAAGAUUGUAAUAAUACUUUUUUGUAAAUUGUAUUUCAAAGGUUAUUUUUGUAAAUGCUCUCUUAACACCCCCCAACCCCCAUAUCACUGGCCUCCGAGCCUCGCUGUGCCUUUUUGCAUGCCCCCCCAUGUGUGUGAGAGAGUGUGUGUGUGUGAGAGCGUGUGUGUGAGAGCGUGUGUGUGAGAGCGUGUGUGAGAGUGAGCGUGUGUGAGAGUGAGCGUGUGUGAGAGUGAGCGUGUGUGAGAGUGAGCGUGUGUGAGAGUGAGCGUGUGUGAGAGUGAGCGUGUGUGAGAGUGAGCGUGUGUGAGAGUGAGCGUGUGUG